AUGCUGAUCAGGAGUGAUGGAACAGCUCUGCAGCGUCCAGUGCUGUCGCCCGAUGGCAAAUCGUUGGCGGUCAUAGCGCCGGAUGAACGAAUACACCUCAUCGACCUGUGUGAAGCCGCCAAAGGACGGAGAUUCAUCAAUGGGCUUAGGCUUCCUAAAGCAGACCGCACAUUCCUGCGAACUUGUACCAUCCUCCGUUGGUCACCGGAGACCGUGAUCAGCCCCGAACGCCAGGCUGCCGAAGAAAUCAUGUCCGCAACGUCGUCUGAGUGUGACUUUGGAAAAUCCUGGCUGCUAUUGUCAGAUAGCAAACGCCUGAUUGCACUGAGCACAGAUGUCAGAACGCCGAAUAUGAUGUCGGAGGUUAACGAUGAGACAGGGGUUAAAUCCAACAUCCUUGCUGAUUACGAUCUUGGGGGCCAAUUGGGCAAACUCGGCCUUGUAGAGUUCGUCUUUAACCACAGACAUGCAUUGGUCAUGUUCGAGUUCGGCUCGGUCGCAGCUAUACUCUCUUUGACCAGACCUCAACGCAAUGACAUUCCCCACAUCAAGUUUUCAGAUGCUAGAAGUCUGGCCAAAUGUCCGGAUUCCAGGUAUUUUGCCCUGCUCCGCCGCGGCAAAGCACAAGAUCGAGUGACAGUAUUUGAAUUGGGGCUCGACAACCAGGUGACAUACAAGUCCUUUGAUUGCAGUACCUCAGAUGCACAGGACGUGACGUGGUGCCCGACCGGCCAGCCACUUCUGGCCGUGUGGGACUCGCCCACGUAUGGUAUCAAAGUCUCGUUCAUGACGGCACAUGGCCAUACACUCAGACAAUGGGAAAUCAAAUCUGCGGCCUUCCAAUGGGAUCUCAAUCUUGCACUGAGCAACCAAGCGGACGGCGUAGGUCUUACCUACUGGAGUUGGACCAGGGCAAAUCGACAUAACCACGCUCUUACGCUCCAAGCGCUGGCCAACGGACAGAAGCAGGUGCUUGUGAGGUACCAGCCCACCAGCAGCAUGGGUACUCGCACGCGGACAAAACUCAUGCAUCCAGACCUGAUUGACGGCGCAAAGACGUUUGUAUGGCUGGAGUCCUGCAAGUCUCCGUUUCAGUCUCCCGUAUUCGCUCGACAAUCCGGUACUUUCGAGGUGACAAGCACAUCAUCCAGCACCGACUCAACUCCACAACCUCGUUCUGCGUCACAUUCUCAGUCCUCGUCACAAGAACUCGAUCAAGUGGACCUGAUCGAAUUGAACUCCACCCAUACACUGCUCGCCACGCGGCUGCGGUCGUCACCUCGAACACUGUUCCUCUGGAAUGCGCACAAGACGAACAGCCCUCUUACCGUCCUGAUUUUUGCGCAGUCCAUCCGCCAGGUCCACUUCCAUCCUUACCUUCCGCACGUCCUCAUCAUCCUGACAGCCUCUAAACUCCCAAGAUUGUAUGCUUGGUAUCACCAUAGCCUUCCUCCCGCGACCGGCCUGCUUCCCAUUGACACAAGCGGGUCGACCGACUUCUGGGGAAAUUGGUUGCCGGAGUGUAUUGCUCACGAUGGCAGUAAUGACCGCUGUCCCUUUCUCCUUGCCUCGAAAACUGCUUUCGAAGCUGGAUAUCUGUCCAGCCACGAAGGACAAUUGGUUUUCGAAAGCAUUUUGCAACAUCCACCGCACUUAUCCGGGGACAUCACCUUGGAUUUUGCCGGUGACGAGUCCACGACGGAGAUGAUAGAGACGCCAAGUCGACCUAGCAAGCAAAAGCCUGAUGAGGGUGAAAACGGGACCACGAAGAAGAAGAAAGCCCGGUUCGAUGUCCCGCCAAAUCCAAAGACGGACUGGGCGGAUGAUCCGAUACAUGCACAGGCUGGGUAUGCUUACGCUUGGUGA